AUGAAUGAUGUGGUGGAGGUCAACGUAUUCUUGACCAAUAUUGAGGAUUCAAACGACUUGACACCCGAACAUAUCAAAUAUUUUGGCGAGCUGAAGCCAGCCAGAACGGCAGUGGCUGUAAAGGAAUUGCCCUACGGAUCAGAUAUCGAGAUCAAGUGUGUUGCGGUCCAGAGCAGCCGUUAA